AUGGCCGGCUGUGGCUGCGACGAGUGCGCCAGGAAGAAGGCCAUGCUGGAAGCUCUGAGUUUCGCGGGCGAGACGCCCCUUUCCGCCGAGCUGCGGCAGGAUCUCGAUCGGCACAGCCGGAGAGUGGAGUUGGCGUCCGCCACCGCAGGAGAUGUAGCAAGCCGCUGCUUGCAAACCAGCGCUGCGCGGGCCUGGUUGUCUUACGAUCCAGACGUCCUCCUGCCAACGCCCUUCGAUGCCUUCCUCCUCAGCGGGCACUGUGAGGAGGUCGAGUGGCCCGAAGCUCUGCGCCCGAUGGAGGAGGUCAAUAUCUGCUUCAUUCUCGGCUGCGGGCGGUCGGGGUCGACGAUUUUUGCGGAGAUCUUGAGCCACUACAGGUCGUUGAUCUUUCUGAACGAGCCGCGGCAGCUCUGGAUUCCGGCAGCUCCUUCCUUCGACGUGUGGUCCACGGCGGCUCCUCGUCGUGGGGGAAGCCUCAGCGCUGGCGACCCAUCCGCCCUGGCCCAGGUCCUGGCGCAUCACUACCGAAGGAUUGCAGCAUUGGUCCGGAAAGAGUCCCAGGAGCCGGUGUGGAUUCUCGAGAAGUUUCCGGAGCACGCCUUUCGAGUUGACUUUCUGCGGGAGCUCUGCGAGCAAGGUCUUGGUCCAUCACGAGCCCGCUUCCUGCACCUGCGUCGGGACGGCCUGGCAGUGGCACG